ACUGAACCUGAAACAUAAGGGCUGUGAAGUUAAGAUGAGGGUGUGAAGUUUGUCACUCUGUCACCCUUCCCUCUUGUCCCAGGCAUGCCAGCCCCACACCAGAGCUUGCCUGUGCAGGAGGGGUGGCCGUGGGACCAUGGUGGGACACAGUGCAGUGGCAUGAGGCCAGCAGCAUGUGCCAGGCUGGUGGUGGUCUCAGAGCACGCUGGGCAGAGGUGUGAGCAUGGCAGGAAGUCACACUGGCUGGAGGGGGGGACACAGGACAUGCUCCCACACACCCACUCGUCACCGCUGUCGCCGCACAGCAGUGCUGGCUGUGGGGCUGAGCCCUGCGGGGCAUCCACAGGGGGUCUGGUGGCACUGCUGGGGACAGGGAGGCUGUGCCAUGAUGGGGCACAACAGCCCUCUGAGACACUCGUUGUCCUUUCUCCUCUGGCAGUUCCAUCCAGAGGACGCAGUGAGGACGUGUCCCACCUGCCUGGCACUGCUGGCCAUGACCCCGCUGCUGUGACUGCAGGUAAAGCUCCAGGGAGCUGGCACUGCAGCUGGAAUGGGAUGGAGUCCAGGGCCCCUGUGCUCAGCUCUGUGUCUGUGCCAGGGAGGGCAGUGGGACGCUCCUGCUCUUGGGACACAAGAUCAGCAGCCACACUUGAUAAGGAGGGAGAAUGAGGCACAGGGCUACACGGUGGUUCUGGGGUCACUCUGGGCUCAUCCACCACCCUGCCAGCAGUCUGGGGGUCAGGGGGGCCAUACCAGCCACCUGCAGGGACGCCAGAUCCCUCCUCCUGAGGCCUCAGUCAGCACACUGCUGUUUGUUCCAAAAGACUCCAAAAUUACUAAUUUUUUAAGUUGGGCUUUUUUUGACCACCCAAACAAGCUGGAAAGGUGUGAGCCAUAAAGGCCACAAGGAGGGGAGAGGGAAGCCUGGUAGAGGGAAUCCUGCUUGUCCCCAGCCUCUCUGGGUGCUGUGGGGCAGGACCAGUACUGCAGCAGCAGGGGCUGUGCUGGGAGGCUCUGGGCAUUGCCAGCAGAUGGGAGGACACCUCUGCUCCUUGUCCCCAAGCUGGGGCUUGCCCUGGAGGGAGGCACAGUGUGUGGGACUGGGUCCUGGCAUCUUUGUUCCCCACCUGACCGUGUUGUGAGUGAGCCAAUGCCCAUCUCCUGUGUGUGGUGAAUGGAUGGAAUACUCAGCUGGGGAAUGGGGGGGGCUGAACCCCUGUUUCUGGUCCACCUCUGAGCCUCCCCCCGAGGAGAUGGGCUGUGGGGAGCAGGGGAGAAAAACAGCUUCUCCCAGGUUACUUUCCAAAGCUGUGCUUAUAGGAGGAAAAAGGGGAACAAGGUGAGGGUGAAGGGGAAGCAGGGACUGUAGGUGGUCAGGCAGGAGACAGGAGCUGGGCUCCAGGGGCUCCCAGCUCAGCAGGGGCUGCACACAGCUCACCCAUCAGCUCCCAGACUGCAGUCAGGUGCUGGUCACAGCCCACAGCUCCAGCCACGUGGCUCUGGGGGUGCUGGGCCCACCUGGGGGUCACAGUUCUGAGUACAGCAUGGAAAUGGGCCAGGGAAAUUUCCAGUCCCUAAAGGCAGGGCAGCAGUGGGAUGCAGGGCUCUCAUGAGCCCUUUCCUGCACUGCCCUUCCCUGGAGAGGCUCAGGGGAGCUUUGUUGAUGGCUGGGGGAGGAUUUAACCCCUCUGCCUGCUGGCUGGAGGCAGCCCUUCAAGACUGGCCACUGACAAGUGCUGCUCAGAGGGGAGGAAGGGGAGUUGAGCUCCAUCCCUGCACUCCUGCAGGCUCCGUGGACACACAGGGGAAGGAUGACUUUGGGGCUACUCCGUGCUCUUGGCAGCACUGUGGCUUUUCAGGGCCAGGCCCUAGCCACAGCUUUUUAGGGACUGGUCUCCCGUGACCAGCCCUCGCACGCCGCCAAGUCAGCACAUCCCCGGCACGGAGAGGCUGCGGUGGGGCAGGAGGAAACGGCCCACACAGGCUCACAUGCACAGAGCCCGAGGGGAGGAGCUCCUGCGGGGUGUCACAGCUGCCCCGCUCCUCCCUGGGGCUCCGAGCUCCCCCCGUUUCUCUCUGUCUCCAGCCCUCUGUCCAUCUUGCAUAUCCUGGGGGCCUCUUCAGCAGGAGAAGGAGCCAUCCGGGUGGUGGCUUGGUCUGCAGGUUGGUGUGGAAGAGGUCACAUCACAAACAACCCACACUGACCUGCCCUCACACCUCUGUGGCUGCUUCCCCUCGCUGUGGGGGUCCCCAGCACCCCCUGUGUGCCCUUGGGGCGAGGGGCAGAGUGCACUGAGUGAGGUCCAGCAGGUUUUGGGCUGAACAAACACCGUGUCAGCAUUGUCUUACCCACAGCCAGCCUGUAAGCACAGCACGGGGGACAACAGGGGUUGACAUGGCCAGUGUCAUCCUGGAGAGCAUCUUCCUGAAGCGCUCGCAGCAGAAGAAGAAAACAUCUCCCCUCAAUUUCAAGAAGCGCCUGUUCCUGCUGACGGAGAGCAAGCUGUCCUACUACGAGUAUGACUUUGAGCGGGGGCGCCGGGGCAGCAAGAAGGGCUCUGUGGACAUUGAGAAGAUCACCUGUGUGGAGACAGUGGCACCUGAAAACAACCCUCCCCCUGAGCGACAGGUCCCGAGGAAAGGGGAGGAUUACAACAACAUGGAGCAGAUCUCAAUCAUCGAACGGUUCCCCUACCCCUUCCAGGUGGUCUAUGACGAGGGGCCCCUGUACAUCUUCUCCCCGACCGAGGAGCUGCGCAAGCGCUGGAUCCAUCAGCUGAAGAGCGUGAUUCGGUACAACAGCGACCUGGUGCAGAAGUACCACCCCUGCUUCUGGAUCGACGGGCAGUACCUGUGCUGCUCCCAGACAGCCAAGAACGCCAUGGGCUGCCAGAUUCUGGAGAGCAGGAAUGGCAGUUUAAAAGUCGGGCGGUCGCAUCGCAAGACAAAGAAGCCCCUUCCCCCAACUCCUGAGGAGGACCAGAUGGUGAUGAAGCCUCUGCCUCCCGAGCCAGCCCCCAGCACAGCAGGGGAGAGGAAGAAGGUGGUGGCCCUCUACAACUAUGAGCCAAUGAAUGCCCAGGACCUGCAGCUGCACAAGGGCGAGGAGUACUUCAUCCUGGAGGAGAGCCACCUGCCCUGGUGGAAAGCCCUUGACAAGAAUGGGAGAGAAGGAUACAUCCCCAGCAACUACGUCACUGAAACCAGAAAUUCCCUGGAGAUCUUUGAGUGGUACUCCAAGAAUAUUACUCGGAGCCAAGCAGAGCAGCUGCUGAAACAGGAGGGUAAGGAAGGAGGCUUCAUUGUCAGAGAUUCCACCAGCAAGACAGGGAAAUACACUGUCUCUGUCUAUGCCAAGUCCUCUGCAGACCCCCAAGGCACAAUCCGCCACUACGUUGUCUGCUGCACCCCCCAGAAUCAGUAUUACCUGGCAGAAAAACACCUCUUCAACAGCAUCCCAGAGCUCAUCACCUACCACCAGCACAACUCUGCAGGGCUCAUAUCCAGACUGAAGUACCCUGUGUCUCAGCACAAGAAAAGUGCUCCUUCCACAGCUGGCCUUGGCUAUGGCUCGUGGGAGAUUGACCCCAAGGAUCUGACCUUCCUGAAGGAACUGGGGACGGGGCAGUUUGGUGUGGUGAAAUAUGGGAAAUGGAGAGGCCAGUACAACGUUGCCAUCAAGAUGAUCAGGGAGGGCUCCAUGUCAGAGGACGAGUUCAUUGACGAAGCCAAAGUCAUGAUGAACCUGUCUCACGAGAAGCUGGUGCAGCUCUAUGGGGUCUGUACUAAGCAGCGUCCCAUCUUCAUCAUCACUGAGUACAUGGCCAAUGGCUGCCUCCUGAACUUCCUGAGGGAAACACGGCAGCGCUUCCAGCCCGCCCAGCUGCUGGAGAUGUGCAAGGAUGUCUGUGAAGCUAUGGAGUACCUGGAAUCCAAGCAGUUCCUGCACAGAGACCUGGCUGCUCGAAACUGUCUGGUGAAUGACCAAGGAAUUGUGAAAGUGUCAGAUUUUGGUCUUUCCAGGUACGUGCUGGAUGAUGAGUACACGAGCUCCAUGGGGUCCAAGUUCCCAGUGCGGUGGUCUCCUCCUGAAGUGCUGCUGUACAGCAAGUUCAGCAGCAAGUCUGACGUCUGGUCCUUUGGCGUCCUGAUGUGGGAAGUUUAUUCCCUGGGAAAGAUGCCUUACGAGAGGUUUAACAACAGUGAGACAACCGAGCACGUCAUCCAAGGCCUGCGCCUGUACCGGCCGCAGGCGGCCUCGGAGCGGGUCUACGCCAUCAUGUACAGCUGCUGGCACGAGGUGAGUGGGUCUGUGCCAUCAUGUACAGCUGCUGGCACGAGAAGCCUGAGGAGCGCCCCACCUUCACUGUGCUGCUGAGCAGCAUCCUGGACAUGGCUGACGAGGAGUGCUGACCACGGGCACUGCCCCUGACCCUGCCCAGCGCUGCCACUGCCCCGUGGGACGCCCCGCACACCGGCUGGCACAGUCCUCAUGGACAGGGGCGUGCAGGAGCCUGGGGGACCCACACAGCUGCACCCACAGCUCCAUCACAUGCUCAGAGCUUCAGCACAUCCCUGAAGCUCAAUCCCAUGCUCAGAACUCCAUCACAUCCCCAGAACUCCGUCAGCACCUUGGAGCUCCAUCACAUUCUCAGAGCUUCAGCACAUCCCUGGAGCUCCAUCAUGUGCUCAAAACUCCAUCACCCCCCUGGAGCUCCAUCAGCGCCUUGGAGCUUCAUCACGUGCUCAGAGCUCCAUCACCACUCCAGAAUUCCAUGACAUCCCCAGAACUCCAUCAGCGCCUUGGCGCUCCAUCACAUGCUCAGAGCUCCAUUGCAUCCCUGGAGCUCCAUCACCGCCCCGGACCAUUCCCUCUCCGGUCGGUCCCGGACAAUAAAACGGUUCCAAGGCCUCCCCGUUGCGGCCGCUCCGCCCCGCCGGCAGGGGGCGCGCGGC